GGAGAGGGAGAAGGAGGAGGAGAGGCUGGGGAUGAGUUGGAGGCAAGCACAGCCUCAGCGCAAGGGGGAGAGGCUGCCGGAGACAGGCAGGGGUAGGCGGCGAGGCGCCCCGUCCGUUCCGGAGGAGGCCAGCCCGGCGCUGGGGCGAGCGGCGGGGGCCGGGGGGAGACCACACUCAAUAUUCACCACCAGAAGGAAAAGGAAGAAUCUCCUGACUCUCUGGACGUCAAUGAUCUCAUUAUGUUGUGUUGGAUGUUGAAACUAGACAAGAUUUCUUUCUGAAACUUCCAGAAAGUGAGUGUGCCUGAGGGGAGAGAGGAACACAGGAGAGGACAGACAAGUGAACAUCACCACUGUCCGAGACCUGGAAAAAAUGGUGCUGGAUGAACAGAGGAUUAGAACGGAAUUGUAAAAGGGAAAGGAAGUCUUGGCAAGCAGUUUGCUUCAUUUCCGCAUUCAUCAUGGCCCAAAUCCUCUGGCUGGCUGGUUGAUGGAACUGUCCAAUGUUUCCUGCUUAGCUUCAGUGCAGAUUCCCUCUGCCACCAAUCACAAGAUCUGGGAUCAGGUGGAAACUGGAUGGUGCCAAAUACGGGAAUGGAAAGAAAAAUGGACUCUGGUGAGCUAAGAUGGAAGUGACUUGACAGCUCCAAGCUCAGCUGUUGUCUCCAGUAAGGACAGGUUAAGACGGGAAUCUCAAGCUUCACUGGGAGAGCAGUAUGCAGGAAGCUGGUUUUCAGGCCACAAAUGCUUUCACAGAGUGCAAAUUCACCUGCGCCAGUGGUAAAUGCUUGUAUCUUGGUUCAUUGAUUUGUAACCAACAGAAUGACUGUGGGGAUAACAGUGAUGAAGAGAACUGUCUGCUUGUAACAGAGCAUCCACCUCCAGGCAUCUUUAGCUCUGAACUGGAGUUUGUUCAAAUCAUCAUUAUCAUUGUGGUUAUAACUGUUAUGGUGGUAGUGAUCAUCUGCUUGCUGAACCAUUACAAACUCUCGACACGCUCCUUUAUCAACCGACAGAGCCAAAGCAGAAGACAGGAGGAAACUUUGCAGACAGAAGGGUGCUUGUGGCCUUCAGAAAGCUCAGUUUCGCGCCAGGUUGCUUCAGAGAUCAUGUAUGCUCCAAGGUCCAGGGACAGGUUUACCGCCCCAUCUUUCAUGCAGCGGGACCGUUUCAGUCGCUUCCAGCCCACAUACCCUUACAUGCAGCAUGAGAUUGACCUUCCUCCAACCAUCUCCCUCUCCGACGGGGAAGAGCCGCCGCCAUACCAAGGGCCCUGCACCCUGCAGCUCCGGGACCCAGAACAGCAGAUGGAGCUCAACCGGGAAUCUGUCAGGGCACCACCCAACAGAACCAUUUUUGAUAGCGACUUGAUAGACAUCUCAAUGUACAAUGGGGGCCCCUGCCCACCCAGCAGCAAUUCGGGCAUAAGUGCAACCAACUAUAGCAGUAACGGAAGGAUGGAAGGGCCACCCCCGACGUACAGCGAGGUCAUGGGGCAUUACCCCGGCUCCUCUUUUUUCCAUCACCAGCACAGCACCGUGCCUCCUUCCUCACAGAGGGGGAGCAGACUUCAGUUUCAGCAGAACCAUUCAGAGAGCACAAUAGUCCCCAGCAAAGGCCAGGAGCGGAAGCCAGGAAACCUGGUCUAAGGGAGCCGCCCGGGUGCAUCUGAACUGCAGGGGAGAGGUGGCAGCAGGGCGGCGGAGGACGACCCCCGAGCUGCGGCACACGGCAGUGUUACCUGGUACCGCCCAGUACAACCAAACCUGCACACCAGGCCUUGGUUUCUGAUUCCUUUCAGGGGAAUUGCAUGCAAAGCAGAUGGGAAGAAAUACAAACUUCCAUUCAGUUUGUCUACGAGCAGUGUUUCAGGGGAGGGGGGGAGGGGGAUAU